AUGUAUCCAAGCAAUAACAUAAUUCCAGUAUACCUAAAAAAACUUAUCAUAACCAAAUUCAAUGAUAAAAAAUAUGAAGAUGUGUUAGAAGAUAUUAAAUUAUUACAGGAAAAAAAUUAUGACAUCUCAGAAAUUAAAUACGAACACAAAGAAUCUUUAAAAAAUUUGAUGUAUCAAAAUUAUGAUUU